GCACUUUGGAGCGCCGUCCCUUGGCAAGCUCCAUGUGCUACCACUGGAGGAUGGCAAACUGGUACCUGCGUCAUUUAAAGUACCAUAGUGAUGUGGAAGAUGACGUCAGACGCAUUGUGCUAGAGGAGCAGAGCCACAACGUGCUGCAUGUGCGGUAUCCCAACGUCGAAAGCCCCUUCAAGGUCGACGUGGGACAUCGCAUUAUGUCACUUGCCGUUACCCUGCUUUGUUCUGAGCUCGCCGGUGCGUGGUGCAACCAUAUCACCUAUCUGACGCAGGGCACCUGGAUGGAGGCAUACAUCGUAUGGGUGUAUGAGCGUGCGCCUGGGCACCAGCAACAGUUGGACGUCGAGAGCUUCCUUUGGCAUUUGUUCAACUGCGUCAAGUUUUCGUCGAUGGAGGCAGAUGAGAUGGAGCAGCUUCGAGUGGACAACGCCGACUGGAGAACAAUGUCACUGCAUUUUUGGCAGCGCUGUGGGUGGCGGUGA